AUGGAAGACGUAAACACUGAAAUCAUGCAACCUGCUUUACAUCGUUUGUGGGCCAAGCGCCAGGGUACAAUCUUAAGUCCUAUGCAUGCAAUUCGUGAUGAAAUCUUGGACCAGGAUCAAUAUGCAUCAUUAUUUGAUAAUCAGGUUAGUUUAUAGUCAAAAUAUUAAAAUUAAAAUUCUUAUGUUUUUAAAAGAAAAAAAAAUUAAUUUUUAUUUCAAAUAAUUACCAUUUAUAGACUGUAGUUGUAAUCAGUUAGUUAAAUUCAAGAAAUUUGUAUGAGAUAAAUGGUAUUAUUGUUCAAUUGUACUAUUAAUUUUUGUAAUAUUACAAAAUCAAUGAUUUUAAUAAUUUCAGCAUUAAUGUAUUAAACACAGACAAAUUAAAUCUAUUAAUUUUUCAAAAUCAGUAAAUUAAAUAAAUAUACUUGAACAUUAGUUACUACACGUUUAAAUAAUUGUCUUAUAUUAGUAAGGUUAGUGUAAAAAAAAAAAAAAUGGUAAAAUGUUAAAAUUAUAAUAAAGGUAUAGGUAAUAAUAAAUACAUUCUUACUAAGGAAAUAAUAUAUUCAUGAUAAUAAUUUGUAAUAAAUAUUAAUAAGUGAAUGUAAAACAAAUUUUUUUAAGGUCAUUAACUAUAGGUAUGUAUUUUUAAAUAAAUUGUGUAUACUAGUAUAUAUAUACUCUAGCUUGAACACAAUUUUGGUUAAAUGCCAAAAACAAUUGCAUCUAUUUAAUAUUUUUAUAAAUUCAUACACACUUCUAAAGUAAUAAAAGUAAACUUUUUAAAAUUAAAAUUAAAAUAUUAAAUAAUUAUUAUUUCAUGAAAAAUGUUUAUAAAAAAAUGGCAUUUUAUUGUUUUAUAGCUGAAACACCUAACUUAAAUUAUUUGAAUCAGCCAUUGUCUACUGUAAAAUUUUUAAAAUAAGGAUGUUGAUUGUUUUUCGUUCCUUUUUAUUGUUUAAAUUUUUGUUGACUUGUAGCAUUGCGAGAAACAUACAUUUUUUUAGAAUACUUUUCUAUAAUAGUUUUAAAGGGUCUUUAACCUUUUUUUUACUAAGGCAAAAUCUGAAAUAUGCUUUGCUCUCGAGCCAAAUUUAUUUAGAGAAAGGUAAUAAAAUUAAAAAAAAAAAAAAAUACAAAUUAUUUUAUAAUUUAUUUAAUCAAUUUUACAAAGUAAGAAAAUUGUAAUAUAUUACAUGUUGAGAAGUUUGGAAUUGCUUGUUUUUUAACAUUUCUUGGUAGUUGGCACCAAAAUUGGUUGUUCCAAUCAGCAACAACACUUGUAAAUUGUCUAAAAUGUAUAAAUUGUUUCUAUACUUAGAUUAUAUCAAUAGGUUGGAGUCUAUCAAACAUAUAUUUACUUCUGAUGCAUAAAUUUUAAAUUUUCAGAAAUGUAUUUAUUAUUAAUAUUAAAAGUUGUAAUUACAUGCCAGGGUUGAAUUUAAUAAUUGAAACUUCAUAGAAUUUGAAUUUUAAUAAAUAAGAGAAAGGAGGAAGUAAAAUAUUAUAUGCAUGAUUAAAUAAUAUAAAGAAUAGGUAGUUUUUAUAAAUUAAGGUUUUAGUUUUAAUUAUUAUAAUCUGUUUUUUUUUUUUUUUUUAGUCAACUGAUGAACAAUUGUUUGGGGAUACAGUCAAGGCUAAAGAUGGAGUUCGUUACUUGGAAAAAGUUAGUAUUUUUUUAAAGUUGAUACUAUAUUAAAUUUGGUUUGUAAGUAAUAGAUAAAUAUCACAAUAUUCAAUAGAAUAUAUUAUAUAAAAUAAAUGAUUUAAUAUGUAAAAUAAUUUGCAAUUUUCUAAAUUUUUAAUUUAAAAUUAUUUCUAAAUUAGUAUUUUGAUUUUCAGACUUUAUUACAAUUUUAAUAUAUUAUAUGGAGAAAAUAAUUUAUUUUGAAAAUUUCAUUGAAUUUCUAAUUUUAAUUAAGUUCCUGAAAAAAGCCAUAAUAUAUCAAUUCAUUUUUAUAUUGUGAUUGAAUACUUGUAAUUGGAUGUUGUGUUCAUGAGGUUUCAAUAACACAUUCUUUUUCUACAAUUUAAUUUUAAUUUAUGAUUGCCUGGGGCUUCUGCGCCAUUAUAUUAAAACAAGUCAGUACUAUUUAAACAAUUGUCGAAUAGUUGUUCUUUUGAUUCAAUAGCAUUCCGUUGAGUUCUCAUAGUAUUCAAUGUGCACAUAUAUUAAAGUUUAUUUACGCCUAAAGCUAAUUUUAAAAAAAAUAUGAAGUUCAUGAACUCCUUUUACCAGAGCCCUGUUCUUGUCAGUUCAGGGUUGGUAAGUUAUUAUCUCUUGGUAAGUUGUUAGUAUGUUUAAACCAUUUGUAUUUUUUAAUGUAAGUAAUCACGUAUAUUAUUAUAAAAUGUAUAUACAUGGAUGUACGUGUGUGCACACAUUGAGUUGUUAAAUUUUAAUUAAUUAAACAUAAUUGAGCAAUUAUUGUAAUUAUUUAAUACACUUUUUAUAGAGUAUUGUUAACUUUAAUAUUACCUUGUUUUAUUGAAAUUGUUAAAAUUUGUAUUACUAUAUUUUUCAAAUACUAUAAAUAACAGCUCAAAUUGUGCAUUUCACAGACAGAUUGAUUAUGUAUUUUGGAUUACUAUAACUAUUUAUUUGGAUUCAACUGUCAUCAAUUCGGUGCCUGUUAAAAAAAAAAAAAAAAAUAUGUUCGCCAAUGUAAAUUCUGUUUACAGGACUCAUCAGUUACAUGCAUGGUUUUUAUAUCCAUGACGGACUCCAUAUUAGCAGAACGAAGUUGCUUGUGAGUUUUUGUUGCGACUAAAAAAUGACGUAUUUUCAUGAAAUACUGGCCAAGUAGCUUUACUACUUACAAAACUGUUUAGAAAACUUAAAACUAUAUACAUAAAUAUAUAUAUAUCUGAAUAUAUAAAUAUAUUUAUAUAUAUAUAUAUAAAUAUUAAACAAUGAUUGUACAUUUUAUCUAGAUAUUAUUAUCUAGUACGUACAGAUUUCAUGUGAUGAUUAACACAAGAUUCUCGUAUACACAAAUUAAAUACACAAAGCUCUCAGGUUUAAUAUAUAUUUUAAUGAGAACUAAAUUCAAACUAAAUAUAUUUAGAAUUUGAAAUUGAUUAAAAGUAUUUUUUACUUUUUGCUAAAAAUUUUAUUUUUAUUUAAAAUAUAUGGUUGUAAAAUAAAUUAUGUUAAUUUUUAAUGUUCUUUUGAUACAAUAUGAUUAACCCAAUUUAUGUUUGUUUUAAUCAAAUUUAAAUGCAUUUCCACAAUAAUGAUAUUCAAACUUUUUUUUCUUAUAUAUUGAUAUAGUUAUUGGGAAAUUAAAUCUGAGAGUUUUGAUGAAACAAAAUCCAUUAUUGACUUAAGUAUAAAACAAACAAUGAAUGAAUUGACAUACAUACUUUAUUUUAUAUCUACACAUUUUAUCCAUUAUUUUUCCUAAUCUUCUCCUGUAUAUAAUUCCUCACAUUACAUUUAUUUUUCAUAAAAAUUGCCGAGAGUUAAAAUCUUGAUUUUAAUAUCUACAUCAAGGUUUAUUUUAAUACAAAAUAUUAAGCAAAAAAAAAAAAAAAAACUACCAAUAUUAAAAUCUACAAUUCUAAAUCAUAUGUUUACAAUUUCUCAUGCUUAAUAACAAUCAGUACAACAACAAAAUAAAAUAUACAGAAUCAAAAAAAAAAAAUAAAAAUAUAACUCGUUUGGUUGCCAAAAAGUGCUAUUUAUACAUAUUUGUUGAAUAACUCAUAUUUAAAAUAUUUAAACAUACAUAUUAUACAGGAUGAUUUUUUUUUUAUCACGAACCUGUAAUAAUCUCUGUGUUGUUUAAGUGAAUUUGAUUUUUGUUUUUCUAAUCAUUAUAGAUUCGUUUAAGCUUUAUUUUAACACCAUUUUACAUUUUUAUGCCUACUUUUGAACUCAGAUUGGAAUAGAGAAUAUUUUUUAAAUGUUAAAAAUUAUGUUAAAAUAAAGCUGAAAUGAUUCUACUAUAAUAAUAAGAAAAAAUAAAAAUAAAAUUCACUUUAUAUCCUCUGAGAUAAUGAGAAGGUUCAUGAUAAAAAAAAUCACUUUGUAUAUCUUUAUAAUUUUAAUUUUAAAUAUAUUUAUUUAACUACUUAAAUGUAAAAUUUAUUUUUAUAACUACCAAAAAUAAAAAAACAAAAUAAUUUAUAAUUAGUACACAGUUAACUGAUUUUGCAAUCGCAUCAAAUCAACUGCAUUAAAUACAAUAUAUUUAAAAUGAAUUUGGUUUGAUAUUCAAAUAAAAUGUAGACAAUUUUUUGAAUUUUUAAUAAUUAAUAAUUGUAUUCAAAUAUUAAUGAAUUUACCAAUAAUUUUUUUUUAAAUAUAAUACUACUAUGUGACAUGUGUCAAGUCAUUCAACUAAAAAAGUUCUGCAUUUUAAGGAGUUUAUUGAUCUUGGAAGUUAAAUUAAGGGGACAGGAUUGCUCAUAUUUUAAUAAUUAACAUUUCUAAAUUAAUUUAUGCAAAGGGAAGUAUAUUAUAUUUUAAUAUUGCUUAAGGGCACAUAUUUUCUGAGUAUGUUAUGAAUAAUACAAAAAUAUAAAUUUUUAUUUUUAUGUAAAUUUUUUUUUUAAUUUGUUAUUAUUAAUAACAUAUUUUUAAUAAUAUUUUUUUGAAGGGUUUUUAAUUUUAACUAUAGGGUGAUCAAUCUAUCAUAAGACACUCACUAUCUUGGAAAAGUGUUGACUUUUUUCAAAAUUUCUUUUAAAGAACAUUUAUGAAACAAGCUGUUCUAAAAUUUAACAUUUACAUUAUUUUUAAUCACCCUAAUUUUUGCAGGUUAAACAAUUACCUACUUUUGAUUUUAAAAUGGCAACCUUUAUUACAAAUUCCAUAAAUAGAUGGAUUAGUAGUUAAAAUAAAUUUUGGUGUUUAAAUUGUAAUUUCCGUUAAUCCGCUGACGAUAUAUUUCACUUUUAAGUUUGAGUCGGGGGAGAGUUGUGGAGCAUCAUUUGUUGUAGUGGCACAGCGCGUGGUGUUUUACAGCGAAUGUGCUUCUACUCUUCCCCAACCAAAAAUUAAAAGUGUAAUUUAUUGUCAACGGAUUAACGGAAAUUACAAUUUAAAUUCUACUCCAUUUAUUUAUGGAAUUUGUAAUAUAGGUUGCUAUUUUAAAAUCAAAAGUAGGUAGUUUAACCCCUAAAAAUUAGGGUGACAAAAAAUAAUGUAAAUGUUCUUUAAAACAAAUUUUGGAAAAAGUCAACACUUUCCAAUAUAAUGAGUGUCUUAAAAUAGAUUGAUCACCCUCUAUACUUUGAUAAUAUCUGAAAUAUGAAAAAUAUUAAAGACAUACAAAUUAUUAUUCUAUCAUUGUAACGUAUGUGAUUUGAGCUGGAUUUCAUAGAUCAUACAACAAUUAGAUGGAAGUUUUGUAUAUAAUAAUUUUCUUUUUAUAUAAAUUUACUUGGUUUUUAUUUAAUUCAAGUAUUUAUACAAUUUUGUUUUAAAUGAAAACUAUUUUUUGUUUUACACAUUGUUGUUUUAAGUGAACGGGAUUAUUUUAAAGUUUAAUUAUUAUUUAUUAUAAUGUAUGUACAAAUUUGAAUAUUAAUAUCAUGCAAUUUUGUAUUCUGUAUUUAUAAGUAUACUUAGAAAAACAAAACAUAAAACAAUGUAAUUUUACUUUAAAUAAUAUAUAUAAAAAAAACGUAUAAACAUAGGAAUGAAAUAGUGCGCUUCAAAUAUUGGUAGAAAAACAUAUGUGUUUGAUAGAUUUUAAGACGAGACACUUCUACAGUAAAUCAUCAAUGUCAAUGAGGGGCUAGCUGUGGAGAAAAUUUGGAGUCUGCAAGAUGGAUAUUGGACAUUAGAUACCAUUUCUACUGCUGCUACAACUAUGUUUUCACUUAAAUUUAUCAAAACCACUUGUUUUUCUACCAUCUGCAAUUUUGCACUAUAAGAAACAUUUUAAACUAUAUUUUAAUUUAUAAUAUUAUUAAUGGUCAAUUUUAGAAAUCAUAAUAUUAAUACUAUUACUUUUAAAUUUUCAAAGUUUAUCCUUAAUCUUUUCCUUUUUUUAUUUUCAAAACAUUUUUUAACCUUCAGAUUAAUGAUUUUUUUUUUUAUCGUUAAUUAUUAUCAUUAACUAAUAUCUCCUUUAAUAUAUAAGUAGAUAACACUUACAAUAUUUAUUAUAAAUGAAAAUAAUGGUUUUGUUUUAAAAUUUGUUUUUAGGAGUUGACAGAUACGUCUGAUCCAGAAAAAAUUGGUGUUCCAACUGCAUUCAAUAGUUUGAAAACUACAGACUCUAAUAAUUUGGAUUGGAGUGUUGAAGAAUCAACAGUUAUUAAUUUGGAUGGGGCUGAGCUCAAUGAUUUUCCUGCUAAAUAUUCAGUUCCAUUAUUACAGCCAUAUGAAUUUGCUGCUGUUGGUGUUUGGAUUCAUCCAAAUAUUGUCCCUGGAUUUAAAUACAAAGUUCGACCAAUUGAAGCCAAAGAGGUUUGAUAAAUAUUAAUUACAAUUGGUAAAAACUUAAAACAGUAAAUAAUGUAGUUUUUAAUUUUAUUAGCGUACAAGAUUUUUAUUCGACAACAGAGCAUUGGAAUUAUUGAGUAUUGGUCGUGGUUAUUCAAGACGUUUAACAUUUGAGGCUAGUCCAGGAUUAUUGAAUGAUAAUGAAAAUUAUUUUUGGACUGAUUCCAUGCCUUCUGGUUAUGCGUUCCAAGUGCAUGUGGUUUCUAUUGGAGAUAAUUUUACAGUUUAUGAUGCGAACAAUGUUGCUGUUGCUAAAUUAGAAGUCACCAAAAUCGCGGUAAUUUUAUUAAAUUAUUAAAACAAUGGCAAUUAUAAUUAGGAUGUAGAUUUAAAUGCUCUAAUAAACAAGACAAAUUCCUUAAAAAAAAUAUAAUUUAAUGUGCCUGUAUAAAUAAAAAAAAGGUUGAAAAAUAAUACUUUUUAUUAGGUAUAUAAAUUUAUUAAACUAUAGUUCAAAUAGUAAUAUGAUUAUUACAACUCGAUAAAUAUUUUAUUAUAGUUGGCAUCAUAUUUAUCUGGUACAUUUGGUAAAUCUAUUAUACAUUUUAAAAACAGAAAUAUGAUAUUUUUUUAGGAGGAAAUAAAAAUAAAUUUUGUCAAAUUUUGUGAUAACACUAGUUACUAAAAAGAAAAAAAAUGCCUUAAAAACCUAAAAGUACAAAGUUUCAUAUUUUAUUCUUUGAUAUAUGAAACAAAUUUUGUGUUUAUAAAGCAUUACUGUAGGACAUUCAGAAAAAAUGUAAUUUGCAUUAUAAUCUGCACCACAAUUUUAAUAAUAUAAAUUUUUAUCAAGAUAAUAAAUGGGAUGUUAAAUUGUUUCUAUUCACUUAAUUGACAACAACUCUAGUGUCAAUCUUUAGUUUCCUUUAUCUACUCUAUAAUUCUGUUUAUACAAUGUGAUUUUUUUUUAUAUUUUGUUGACACAUUCCUAAGUUAAUGAGUGGGAUUUUCUACUAAACCAUUUAAAAUAGUUAUAUGUUUCUUUUAUAAUAUAUUUGUUUUAUUAUUUUAGCUUAAUUUAUAAAAUAAUUAAUUUUUUUUUUUUUUUAAUUAUUUGAUAACUGUAGGACAUUAUAAUAAUAGCAUAUUUAACUUUUUAGAGCGCUCAGAAAGAAAUCAAACAUGAAGUAACAAAGAACGACGAGGUGGAGAAAAAUGUGGAAGUCAGUAUGUUAUGUAAAGUCGAAUGGUUUUAUAAAGAAGAGUCAACUGCAGUUACACCAGUAAGUAUCUGUUGUACAUUAUAUAAUAUAUAUAUACAAACAUAAUGCUGAAUUGGAAUGCCCCAAGAGGAAAUUUUAUGACCAACUUGAAGCAUUGAACAACAAUGCUUCGCCGGCAACCAUAGAAUGGAUUAAAAACAUUGAUAUCAAAUUCUAGUCAGUUACUAAAGAAUAUUUAACCUUACUAUAUAUAUUGCAAUGUUGUUCCUAGUCUAUUGUUAUUGUUUUGUUUUGCUGACAUAGCCUUAUUAAUGUUAUUCAUUUUUUCCAAUUUUUAUUAAUUUUUUUGUUUUUGAUUUAUGCAAUAUGAAUAAAUAAACAUGUGUAUAUUUAAAAAAUAACUAUAAUAUUCUGUUAAAUUUUGAAUGUUCUUUAUGAGUCGUAAUUUUAAUAUUUUUCUUUUCUACAGGUUACUGGUAUUGCUGUGGCUUCUAAACCACUACGUGGAUCAGCUAAGCUUAUACAAAUAUUAGAUGCUUGUAUUGGUUUUAUGCCAUGUCGAGGUUACACUUUGAUACCUGGUGUGGACGAUAAACAACGUCAAAUGAUGUUGAAUGGCUGUAGUAUUGGUGAUGCACCUACAACGUACACAAUGACCGGUUUAGAACCAUAUGAAUUGCCCGUGAUUGGUAAUUAACAAAAGUCUAUUUCUACAGUAUUGCAGUUCCAAAUAAUUUUAAUUUUUUUUUAGGUACUUAUAUUGAUCCAAGAAUCAUUCCUGGUUUUUAUUAUAAAGUACGUCCAGCUGGGCACAAAAACUAUUUAUUCGGGGGCAAUGCAUUACAACUAGUUAACAUCGGAAUGGGAUAUGGAAAGCGUAUUACUUUUAAACCCGACAUGCAUAACCUUAAUAAUAAUACAAACUUUUUCUGGAGUGAUUCAUACCCGGAGGGGUACGGAUUUGAACCCCAAGCUGUAUUAUGUGGCAUGAAAUUCAAUGUCUUGGAUGGAACCCAACGUAUUGGUGAAGCUAUCGUGUUCCGCAGUGAUAAUCCUCAAGUUGAGGGUCAACAAUGUAUUGUAGGGUUAUUAUUAGAUUUUUAAUAAUAAUUAUACUUUACUAAAUGUAUGUAUUUUUUAAUCAUUUCUAGGUGGUAGGAAAAACUGGAGUAACUGUGACCAAGUACAUUCAUGUGGACGUGACAUGUCAAGUAAUGUUAGAGAGUGAUAAAUGUGAUAAGGAGUCUCAUGCUCUUCGUGUUUCCGGCACUGCAGUUGUAGUAAAAUACCCCAAAGAAAACGAAUCAAAAUUACUUUAUAUCGAUAAUGUUGGUCUUAGCUCCAAGCUUAACUUGGUGUUUAUGAAUCAAAAAUCCCAUGUCAUUUUUCAAGCUGUUUAA